GCUCCCUCUCAGUCUGUACCUGUUACACCCUCUGGUACAUGUCCAAUGAACUCGAGCCCGUUCGACAGUUGAACCAAUACAAGCCUGCUCCAUCUGACGAGUCUCUUCGCCCUCAUAUCGAGAAGUAUUGGCGGCAGAAUAUGAGUGAUAUCCAGAUGCUUGCUCUCCUCAAGAAACACCAUAUCAAUCUGGCUGAGUACGGGCUUGGGAUUCGAACGUUUCGAAAGAUACGUGAGAGGCUUGGCUUUGUCCGCACCCGAAAGCAGGGCCAUACCGUCGAGUCAAUUCGUCCACACAUCAUUAAGCUGCGCGUUACAUAUCCAAAGGCUGGUGGGCGGGAGAUGGUAAACUUGUUGAAGUUCGAGGAGAGAAUACUGGUGUCACGGCCAGUUGUAAUGCAGUACUUCCACCUCUACGAGGCCCACCAGGUCCGUGAGCGACGGCGCGGACACUUUCGUCGAAAGCGGUUCUGGGCUGCUGGUGCAAACGACUUGUGGGCCAUGGACCAGCACGACAAGUGGAAGUACAAAUUCGGACUUGCACUUCACUCUGGAAUUGAUCCAUUCCUUGGUCUCAUUCACUGGAUGAAUAUCUGGUGGAAUAAUAGUAACCCUCGCCUUAUUCUCAAGUACUACCUGGAUGUGAUUGAGCGGCUCGGUUUCAUGCCCCUCGUCAUGCAGAGCGAUCCGGGAAACGAGAACACCGCCGUUGCCAAUGGACACACUCUGAUCCGCCACCAUCAAGAUCCCAACCUUCGAGGCAAGCUUCAGCACCGAUGGAUGCGGGAGAAAAAGAACGUUACAUCAGAGAUUACGUGGAGUCAGAUGCGCCGGCGUUUUACGCCUGGUUUUGAGAAUUUGCUCGAUGUUGGAAUUCAUGAAGGUUGGUAUGAUCCCCAUAUUCUCCUUGAAGCCCUCGUCUUUCGCUGGGUUUUCAUUCCCUGGCUUCAGGCCGAACUCGACGCAUAUCAGCACCGCAUCAACAACACUCGCAAACGCCACGAUCGCAACAAGAUUCUACCUAACGGUGUUCCAAUGCACAUGUUCGAGUAUCCCGAAGACUAUGCUAUUCUAGAUUUCAAGAUCAAAAUCUUCGAAUUGGUUCCACCUGACUUCAACAUCCUCAUCUCCGGUUUUUAUUCCAACAUUGGCUCACCCUCUGUUGACCGGGAGAGCUGCUGGGACAUUUACCUCCUGCUACUGUCGAAGUUCCGCGAGCUUGAUCAGAUUCACGACGUGGACCUAAGCGCGGACGAGAAAUGGGGCUACACACUCACUCAGCUGCUGAUGAAGCUUCGUGGUGGAGAUGGUGUUGUUGGAGAGGAUGGCGUCUAUUAUAUGGGUGGCGUGAACGGCGGGAAUGGACUUGAUGACGGACAUCAGGCUCAGCUCAAUGCUAUGAUAAACGACGUUGAGCCGGAUGUGGGAGGCAAUGAUAUUGAGGGCGAUGACGAGUUGUUCGCGUGGUUUUCAGAUGAAGAGAGUCCCGAGGACUUUAAUAAUGCAGACAUGUGGUAGCUCAAUCUGUGCUCAUGACAGCCCGUUC